UCAGCAGAUGGCGAUUUGAGUCUUUCAGGUGAUGUUGCUUGCGUGACGUAUAUUCUAGUGGACGGAACUGGAGGCUUCUUCAACAGCGACAAAAGGCUUCUGAUUCAACCAACGUGGUGGUUUGCUAGCGAACAUUAAACCGCUUUAGACCAAUCUUGUGUAUUUUACUCUUAGUAUUUUGAAUAUAAUUCUGUUUAGUUAUGUACUAGUUCAUUUAAACGUAAUUUGCUUGUUAAAUUAGCAAAUGUGGUAAAUUGAUAAUGCACUAGGCUAAUCGACCGGAGCAUGAGUUCACUAAGCUCGACGGAGAAAGAAGCUCUGAUGAAAGGAGAGAAAGAAGCUCUGAUGAAAGGAGAGGAAGAAGCUUUCAGCUUGAAAAAGGAGGAAGAGGAAGCUAUCACAUUGAAAGAAGAAGAGGAUGAUAUUACAGUGAAAGGGGAAGAUGGGAAAGAGGUUGUCAAAGUGGAAGAGGAGGAGGUAGAAGCUUUCAGAAUCAAAAAGGAUGAAGAUGCCAUAACAUUGAAAGAAGAGAAUGUAGUGAAAGAAGAGGAAGAACCUUUUAGAGUAAAAGAGGAAGAGGAGGCUAUCUCAAUAAAAGAGGAGGAAGACGUUUUGGGAGUGAAAAAGGAGGCUGAAGAUCGGAUUAGAAACAGAGAGAGACGUGACUAUCGUGGAUCCUUUGGGGAGCCUCAACAACAUCCUGAUGCUGACAAGUCAGAGAAGAAUCUCUCCAGAUCAGAACACCAGAUGGUACAGCUUGGUCUGGUCUAGCAUACAGUUUGCUCUAUCGGGGUCUGGGCUGGGUUUCUGUAAAGCACUUCAUGACAACAAUGACAUCAGCAUCCAUAAUGAUAUGUGUCUGUGUCCCCUCUUUAUGGUUACCAGGACAACGCUAGCCCUUCCUCCCUCCCGGAGUCCCCGUGUCAUGCCUCUCCCGGUAGCGCAGUACUGCUGGGUAUGAAGAGGUUGUCUGUGCUGCUGGUGGACUGCAGGAAAACAACGGGGCUGAGUGGAACUGUGAGAGGAGAAGAGAAGAAAGGAUCAGAUUUGACACAUCAAAGAGAAAGACCAGACUCAGAGGAACCAGAGCCAGGGACGUCCAAACCAGCAAGACGACACCAGUGCUCCCACUGUAGAAAGGGUUGUAACCGGUUAUGGGACCUGAAACAACAUGAGAGAAUACACACACGGGAGAAGCCUUACCACUGCCCCCAGUGUGGAAAGGGUUUUAAAUGUAUAGCACACCUGAAAAACCAUGAGAGAAUCCACACAGGGGAGAAGCCUUACCACUGCCCCCAGUGUGGAAAGUGUUUUAAAUUUAUAGCACACCUGAAAAAACAUGAGAGAAUCCACACAGGGGAGAAGCCUUGCCACUGCUCCCAGUGUGGAAAGUGUUUUAACCGGCCUGCGAAGCUGAAACAGCAUGAGAGAAUACACACAGGGGAGAAGCCUUACCACUGCUCCCAGUGCGGAAAGAGUUUUACCAAAUUAGGGAACCUGAAAAACCAUGAGAGAAUACACACAGGGGAGAAGCCUUACAACUGCUCCCAGUGUGGAAAGUGGUUUAACCGGCCUGCGAAGCUGAAACGGCAUGAGAGAAUACACACAGGGGAGAAGCCUUACAACUGCUCCCAGUGUGGAAAGUGUUUUAACCAGUUAGGGAACCUGAAACAACAUGAGAAAAGCCACACAGGGGAGAAGCCUUACAACUGCUCCCAGUGUGGAAAGGGUUUCAGCCGGCCUGCGGAUCUGAAACGGCAUGAGAGAAUACAUACACGGGAGAAGCCUUAACACUGCUCCCAGUGUGGAAAGUGUUUUAACAAGUUAGGGAAUCUGAAACAACAUGAGAAUACACACAGGGGAGAAGCCUUACAACUGCUCCCAGUGUGGAAAGGGUUUCAGCCGGCCUGCGGAUCUGAAACGGCAUGAGAGAAUACAUACACGGGAGAAGCCUUAACACUGCUCCCAGUGUGGAAAGUGUUUUAACAAGUUAGGGAAUCUGAAACAACAUGAGAAUACACACAGGGGAGAAGCCUUACCGCUGCUCCCAGUGUGGAAAGUGUUUUAACCAGUUAGGGAAUCUGAAACAACAUGAGAAUACACACAGGGGAGAAGCCUUACCGCUGCUCCCAGUGUGGAAAGUGUUUUAACCAGUUAGGGAACCUGAAAGAACACGAGAAUACACACAGGUGAGAACCAUUACCACUGCUCCCAGUGUGGAAAGUUUUUCAGCCGGUCAGGGGAGCUGAAACGUCACGAGAGAAUACACACAGGGGAGAAGCCUUGCCAUUGCUCCCAAUGUGGAAAGUGUUUCAACCAGCUGGGGGAGCUGAAAUGGCAUGAGAGAAUACACACAGGGGACUUGCUGUCUUAUAUUGUUGACUGAUAAUGAUUACCUGUUUUUACCAUAUGAACUUGAAUUGUACAAAGUAUACUAAAACAUAUAUUUGUAUGUUUUUAUUAGAAAACAUGAAUUGAAUAUGGAGUUUGAAUAGAGAGUAGGUCAGAUUCUUUCUGUUUUAAAUGGUCUUUUUUUAAACUCUGUGUUUGUGUUUAUCUGUGUGUCAUUCCUCCAGCACUGCAGAUAAUCAAGUGAUAUUUGGAUGUGAUGCAUUUGUUCCGUUGUUUACAUUUGCAAUGUUGGCCCACUGAUGAUUUAAUGAAAUGAAAAUGUUCACAGACUCUGUAAUGCAAAAUGUAAAUUGUAUGUGUCCACAUAUCUGAGUAUGUGACUUGUGGUGGAUGAAUCAGAAUUAGUUGGGUAACAUAGAUAAUUAAGAUGUCUUAUCUGCAUAAUAUGCUGAUGUGAUAUACUUGUUAUUAGAAUGUAUCCCUUCGGACUCUGGUGUUGGCAGUUGCACUUCUUCCCUCAGCUGGGGCUCAGUCACCUGGGGCCCAGAGAGGGGAGAGGUCAGGCUUGUCUUUCACAUGUCCCUGGUGCUAUGCAGAAUAUCAGGAAGGGAAGAGGACAGGAGGGAACAUUGUCUUCAUAUGUGAAUGUAUCUGUUAAACUAUGUGAAGGGAUGGUGUGAUUAAUGGGGAACCAAUUACUGGUUUCCACAAUGUCUGUGCGCAAGUCACUCUCUCCUUUGGCAUUGGGGGGAGGUGUAUGGCAGUGUCGGGAACCAUUGUAUGUCUUCUCUGAUGUUGCACUUAUCCUGGGAUAGUGUAUGACCUAGAGGCUCACUCCCCUCAGUGAGUUUGUCCAGGAGUGGGGUCAAGAAGGGGUUUUACUUGAGAUGGGAGUAUCUAGAGUUGACAAUUGAGUUAUGCCAUUGGAUGAGUUGGUGUUUUUGUGCAAUGAAGUACCAGGAAAGAGAUUAGAACCUCGUCUUAGGGACCAAACUGAAUGAUAAAUUAUAGCGAAUGCUAUCUGGCUACAGGAUACUCCUUUCUCAUUAUAAAGUCUCACUUUGUAAACUGUUCCUAAUAUCUGUGGUUUAUGUCGACUAGGGGGUGGAUCUUUGCUAUAAAAGAUCUCAGUAGCCAUUGUGUUGCCACUCUCAACGGUUCAUUAGAAAUAGUGAAUUGUUGAAAGUCAUUGCAAAGAUCUUAUUAUUAAAGAUGUCGUUUAAGUAUAACUCUGAUUGGUGUGUGAAGUUUUUAAGUAUAACUCUGAUUGGUGUGUGAACUUUGUCUCUCCUCAUUUGGUAAUACAGAAAUUAACCACCACAGACUAACCUUGUGAAACUGUCCUAUUAUAAUCUCCUGUUCCUGGGAGUAUCAUCCUGCGUUGCAAACCAGCUGCACCUGUGUCCUUGUAUGAAUAAAGUCCCUCCCAGGAACAGGAAACUAUAAAGAUAUGUGCUCAUCACCCAAUGCUUCAGGAAUUCAGACUGUCUACACUGUGCUGUGUAACUGUUAUUCUCUCUGAGCUCAGAAAUAAAGAAUCUUGGUUUGA